GCCGCCCUGCCGAACGGGUCAAAACCCCCCGUCCCUCCCCGGGCUCCACACGCCCGCGUCUUCAUUAACGCCGCCCCAGAACAACUAGCCAAGCCACCCGUCCUCCUCGUCACCGGUCAGUCACCCCAUCCCACCGGCCACACCAACCUCUUCUCCUCCCCUCCCAGUAAACCCCCAUCGAGAGAUCGAUCCCCCCCCGGCGAUGGAGCUGUUCGCGCGGGCGAAGGUGGUGCGGCUCAAGAGCCACCACGACAAGUUCCUGUACGCGGACGAGGACGAGGUGCACGUCACGCAGGACCGGAACGGCGCGUCCCCGAACGCGCGGUGGAGCGUCGAGGCCGUGCCGCAGGCCCCCGGCGUCGUCCGCCUCCGGAGCCGCUACGGCCGCUACCUCACCGCCUCCAACGAGCCGUUCCUGCUCGGCAUGACGGGGCGGAAGGUGCUGCAGACGGCCCCCGCGCGCCCGGACUCGUCGGUGGAGUGGGAGCCCGUGCGGGACGGCUUCCAGACGCGCCUCAAGACGCGGUACGGACACUUCCUCCGCGCCAACGGGGGGCUCCCACCGUGGCGGAACUCCGUCACCCACGACGUGCCGCACCGCACCGCCACGCAGGACUGGGUGCUCUGGGACGUCGAGGUCGUGCAGGUACUCACGCCGGGGCCCGAGCGCGCGGAAUCCGCGCCCGUCAAGAUGCCGGACUCGCCGCCCGCGCCGGAGAUCCGCGACCCGCCGCCGCCGCGGCACCGGCCCUCCAAGUCGUACGCCGCGCCCCCGCCGCCACCGCCCACGCUGGAGCCCGAGGCGGUGGAGGCGCGGCCGGCGCCAAGGCUCUCGAAGCUCGAGUCCUCCGAUUCUUUCUCCGCUCCCUUGCACAAGGUAGAGGGACGUGCCAUCCAUUACCACAUUGCUGAUGAUCUGGGCAACGUGGAUGAUGGCACAGAGGGACACUCAUUUACAUUUAAUGGCAGCAACUUGGAGGAGCUCGCCAACAAGUUGCAGGAGAAGACGGGUAUGGAUGACCUCAUCAUAUGCACACGCAGCCCUAUCAAUGGGAAGCUCACUCCUCUCCGCCUGCAACUGCCACCGAACAAUGCAGCAAUGCAUAUUGUGCUCGUCCAGGAGUCCUCAAAAGUGGCAAAGACAUUCCCAUGGCCAUAUGGUUCAUAGAUCAUAAUAUUUUUUUUGGUGAAGAUGGCGCCUUGAGUUUUGAUGGAUUGCGCAUCUACAUCAGUCGAUCCACUCAUGCUAGUUCUGCAGCUGCAGUGGGUACCAGUACCACGAGCAACUACUGCUGAGCUUAUGCCUCCAUCAGGGGUCUGUCUCAUUGUUGCACAUGUACAAAGCGUUAUAGUAGCUUUAAACCAACGGAGAUUGAUUGUGAAAUCCGGAGGAGAGAUGUUUGAUUAAUUUUAUAGACGAGAGUUUGACCCUGGACCCGUAUAUCUUCGAUUUUAAAUUUAGUUGUUGGAGAGAAUUUCUAAUCUCUGCGGACUCAAGCAUUAGCCGGCUCGUUCCUCCCCCAGUUGGAUCCUGCCAGUAUGUAUAUUCUCGGAUCAAUAUAUUUUGAACCAUCUGUCGUUGACUUUGGGGGCGAGGCAGAUUGUUUUUUUU